AUGACUACCAACGGACACAAAAGCAGCGACAUAUUGGCAGAUCAAGGCCACUCCCGUCUGUUCAAGCCAUCAAAUGCACCAUCUCUAGAUACCUUCAAAGCCUUGUGCUCUCAAAAGGCCACAAGAGAAGACUACCCGCUCGCGGCAGACAUCAACAAGAACGUACCUAUCUACAACCUCGCCGAGUACUCAACUUUGACCGAGGACCAAAAGUCUGCCCUUCAAGAUGAAUGGUAUAAGGCCCUACUGCACGGCCCUGGAGUGUUUGUCACUUCAGGUCUCUAUACAGACCCGAAUGUGAUUGAUCAGUCAACGGCCGCUUUCAACAGUAUCAUCGCGGAGGAGAGUCAGGGCACCAAAACGGCUGGUGAUCACUUCGCCAGCGCUGGCAAAAACGACCGAAUCUGGAACUCAUUCAGCAAACACGCUCUGCAAGAUCCUUCCUCAUUCUUCGACUACUUCUCAAACCCUUACCUGAACAUUAUCUUCGCGUCAUGGCUUGGCCCAGGAUAUCGUAUCACCACUCAGGUAAACAACGUACGACCGGGUGGCCAACCUCAGGUUUCACAUCGCGAUUAUCACCUCGGCUUCAUGUCUUCUGAAAGCUGCGGCAGAUAUCCACGUGCUAUGCAGGUUGCAAGCCAAUGCCUGACUUUACAAGGGGCUGUGGCUCACAUCGAUGUACCACUUGAGAGCGGUCCAACGAGGCUUCUGCCAUUCAGCCAGGCUUUUGCCCCUGGGUACAUGGCGUAUCGCCUGCCUGAGUUCAAUGAAUUCUUCUUGGAAAACUAUGUCUCGCUUCCGCUGCAGAAGGGUGACGGGUUAUGGUUUAACCCAGCUCUUUUCCAUGCAGCGGGAGAGAACAAGUCUGUUGACAUCAACCGUCUUGUCAAUCUAGUUCAGAUCAGCAGUGCUUUUGGUAAGCCCAUGGAGAUUAUUGAUGCGUUGCCUUUGGUGGAGAGUACGUGGGAUGUGUUGACCGCCGCAUACAAAGAGCAAGGUCUGGGUGAUGAAGUCAAAAUGUUUAUUUCUGCUGUGGGAGAGGGAUAUCCUUUCCCAACCAAUCUUGACAACAAUCCCCCUAAAAACGAGAGCAUGGCCCCUGAUUCCGAGCAGGACGUCAUUCGAGAGGCGCUGGUGGGAGGGAAGAGCAAAGCUCAAGUUUUGGCGGAUCUCAAAGACUAUCGGAACAAGAUCAGAGCUUAG